AUGGGCCCCUGUACCGCCUCCUCAUGCUGCUGCCAGGCCCGUAAUCUGCCAUGGGCCCCCGUACCGACUCCUCAUGCUGCUGCCAGGCCCGUAAUCUGUCAUGGGCCCCUGUACCGCCUCCCUCCUCAUGCUGCUGCCAGGUCCAGAGUGUCUCAUGGGUCCCUGUACGGCCUCCCAUUGCUGCUGUCUCCAUCGCCACACUCUGCCAUGUGCCACUUUCAGGUCUCCUCACACUGCUGGUGGGUUCCAUUUUGUCAUAGGGUGCUGUAUGGCCUCCCAUUGCUGCUGCCUCCACCGCCACACUGUGGCUCCACACUCUGGUUUUGGCCCCGUGACUGCCCAAAUGAGUGAAGUGUGCGGUGUGCGGUGAUUCUAAGAUCGACGGCACUCAUCUGCAUGUCAUACUGACUGACAGUAUUAUUUCUCUUCCCCAGCAGACUCCAAGGGCAUUUAAAUUAAAGGUACAGUGUUCUGCACUAAUAUAA